UUAUAGCGCUUUUCACAACACACAUCAUUUCAAAGCAGCUUUACAGAAAAUAAAACUGUAAUAUCUAUAAAGUCUUAGAGUGAUCAUUGUGUAGUUUGAUUAAAUAUGAUCGUAAAUUGUGUAUACAAAUUUAAUUAUUAAAUCAUAAUUGUAUUUAGAACCCCUGUGAGCAAGCCGAAGGCGACUGUAGCAAGGAGCACAAAACUCCAUAAGAUGUUGGUUAAUGGAGAAAAAUAACCUUGGGAGAAACCAGGCUCACUGUGGGGGCCAGGGGCCGGCUGCACCAGCUAUACGUAUGUUACAAUUUAGCCUAGGUGUGGCGUAAAUGGGCACUAAGUCACAAUUUACACACUACUAAAUAUUUGAGCGUUGCACCAUUAAACUUAGGUAGAACGUAACCCCACGUAUAAACGAAAUAUUUAUGGCAGACUCCGACCAGGAGUAAUGAAUGGAAUAAAAAAGCAGACUCACUUAAUGACAUCAAUUAGCUCAUGUUUUGCAUGACAGGCAUCAAUCAUUUUGACAUACAGUAUGAUGUUGACAUUUACACUCGUUUACAUUUACGAAAGAGAAAAAAAACGUACUUUUAAGCAUCUCUUCAGCAUGAAACCGAUCUAACGGUGAUGAAUAAAUGUCUGUUUUUCCAGCCUGUUGUAUUAGUAUUUAUUUAUCACCCCUUAUUUAUUUUAGAUACAGUUCCUAUAUAUAUUGUUAUUUAUACAGGGCAAAUAUACUUAUCAAAUCUACUUUUAUUACAUAUUGUAUUUUAAUGGGGAUUUAUUACAGCUGACAGUUACAUGAGCAAACAAGAUUUGAACAUCAAACAAGAUCAAACUGAAAUUCAAGGCUUUUUAUCAGUUCUGUGUGUGCAAAUUUGACAGCUGUUUAUUGGAUAAAUACAUGUAAACGUCAUAUUAUGCGACUACGCAUUACUUUACGGAGAGCUUACGACCUACUAGUUAAGUUUUGCCUUAAGAACAGGUUUUUUGUUUUUUUUUUGCCUUAAGAACAGGUGGUGCAACCAAAUUAAGCACUGACUUAGUUACAAACUAACUUAUGUGAGAACUUACGCACAGCUGGUGCAACCCUACCCAGUUCCCCUCUGGCUAACAAGCAUGGAUAUAAUACCAAUAUUAGUUAUUUAUGUGCAGUGCAAGUCAUGGUUUAAAACCUCGCCAGUGUUCCGCCCAUAGAAUGCCUAUGGUACAACCGCGUUAUGCAUUGUGUUGUUAACCUUGUACGCUCAAUUUAUAGAAGGGCUCUGCCCUAAAGGAGAGAUCGGAGAAUGAAAACUUCAAAUCCCGUGGUGUUACUGACGUCAUUAUUCCUCGACGAUGGCCAUGAUGACAGCAGUCAGGAUGCGACAGAUUGAGAAAGAUUUAUAAAAAAAAAAAAAAAAAAAAAAAACACUUUACAGGGGGUAAUACUAUUCUGUGCUUUUAACAUGGUAACCCAGGAAGCCAUGGAAGUGAGACCAUAAUUUGAAAACAGAUAUUGUUCGCUACUUCUCCUCCAGAGGUCUUAAAUCACAGAAGUUCUCUCACAACACAGUGAAAUAUCGAACUCACACAGAAAGUACUACCGUGGAUCAUAAUCAUGGCUUUGAGCAUGGACAUCAGCGUUUCUUUUCUCAAGUGUGAACUCGCAUCCACUAUCGAGCAGGCGGUAAGAUGCGCCGUUGAAACGGUGUUAAAAGACGCCGCAAGAGUCGUUGGCAUAAAACUUGCUGCAGCUUGUAAUGCUGCCGCAGAGUCCCAUCGAGAGAACCAGAGCCUGCGAGAGCGAUUGGAGAUCUCCGAGAGCGAGCUGAAAGCGGUACGCUACUACAUGACCGCGGCGGAAAGGAACAUUAAACAGUGUUUACUCCUGAACAGAAACCAGCCUCGGUCAACUGUUGUGCACCCAAACACAGACGACGCACUCUUUCCGUUUCCCUCACACUCUGCGGACGAAAGCCCUACAUCACAACCGCAGAUCAGACAUUCCACCCGCAAGACCUUCCGAAACCCACCAGGAGGAAUCCACAAUCCUAAAAAUCAACCCAGUGUUGGCCUCUGUCUUCCCACGGUACAGUCAGACUGGCCUCGUGUAUUUGCCAACCACAAAAAGACACGAUUGUCUUCAAUAGGCAACAAUUCAGCACUCAUAGGCGAUCCCAAGACCUCUCAAACCCUUGUGGAAAACAACCCUGCUCUACUAACGCCAGAGGAUGAGACAAAGGGCCCGUUUUACAUCGCCAAUGAGGGAGUCUCGGAGAAAGAAAACAGUUCUGCAGUGGCGGACUCUGAGAGGGGUCAUGAGGAGCCAGAAGCUUCAAGCUUAUCCACAAACCCACCCGAGGACCCAACUGACAUCACAAAAUUUGAAUUUGAAAUGAGCACACCUGCAGGGAAUGUCGAUGAGCUGGAGCUGAUACAGGUGAUGGAGGACCCUGAGGAUGUCAAACAAAGCAAUGUUAAAAUAGAGGAUGACCCUGAGUCAUUUACACUAGAGCUACCUUCAUCGGAUCUAGCUGUAGCUUCUUCAACCACCUCCAUGCAAGCGUUCCCACAAGUCACCUCACCUCCAGUACCAGAGAGCGAAGGGGAUGCUUUGCUGGUUUUAGUGCCACCUGUGGGGAGUGACACAGGGCUAAGCGGUCCUGUUGAGAGCCCUGAUAAAGUGCACUGCUGCAACAUUUGUGGCCGGGGAUUCCGACGUUUCUACUGCUUGAAAACACACCAGCGCAUUCAUACAGGAGAGCGCCCGUAUCCUUGUAGAUACUGCGAGAAACGCUUCCGCCAUUUAGACAGCUUACACAAGCACCAGCGCAUUCACACAGGAGAGAGACCCUACCGCUGUGCACAGUGCGGAUGCUGCUUCAGAGAACUGGGUCAACUUAAAAAGCACAGACUCAAACACUCGCCCACAUUUGUUCCAGUCGCUCAUCCUGCCAUCCCUCUCCUCCCAGCCGGCCCCUCUUAUGUCUGGCCACAUCUCAACUCCCAGUCUUUGGAUUCAGCCUAAAACACAGAGGCCUGGUGAACAGAAGACAGUUGCAUUUAAUUAGUAGAUAGAUGUUUUUAUUUGUGGCAAAACACUCACUGAUAAAGUUUAUUCAUUCAGUAACAGUUUGGUCCAAUCUUUUGGACACUUCCAUUGCUGUGCUUGAAGCAUUUGUAGCAGGAAUGUAUAUUUGCCUGAUUGUAUGAACAGUUUGUACUUGACUCACCAUUACAGCAUUCAAUUUAUAUUAGCUAGAUCAUACACAAUACCUCAUCAGCAAUGUGCUAUUUCAAGCCUCAGUUGUCACUGCAUAUGAACAACUUCAUUCAAAUGUUACCCUGCAAAACAUUUAAAUGAGUUCCAAAUAUUAAUACAUUUUAACUAUGAUUGACACUGUUUGGUCUUUUGGUCUCGAGAAUAAAAAUUUUUCUGUGUCUAUCACACAGCACUGUAAAUUCUGCAGCCACAAGGGUUCUAUGAUCAUGGAAAACCUGGAAAUAUCAAGGAAUUCAAUAUAUUUUUUAUUUCCAGUCCUGGAAAAGAAAUGGAAAUUAAUUUCUAAAGUGAGUAUAGGUUUUUCUAGUUACGCUCGGGCUCUACUGUUAAAUCAGUUAGAAAUCAUUCUUUGUAAGUGCGAUCGCAAAAAACUGAUUUUUAAAAAUCCUUCUCUGGUAAUCACAAGCGACUGGAAAGAUCAUGGAAAUUCAUUGUUCAUUAAGAGUGGAAACCCUGAACCACAUAUAAAUCCAGGAAGUCAAGUCAUUUUUAUUUGUAUAGCGCUUUUCACAACACACAUCGUUUCAAAGCAGAUUUAAUUAUGCUCAGCUAAGUCCUCAUUGAGCAGUUUAAAUGAAAAACAUUUUUAAAAAUCAUGCUAUAAAAAUGUAUUCGUCUUUAGACCCCCAGUGAGCAACCCAAAGGCGACUGUGGCAAGGAACACAAAACUCCAUAAGAUGUUGGUUAAUGGAGAACAAAAAAUCUUGGGGGAAACCAGGCUCACUGUGGGGGCAAGUUCCCCUCUGGCUAUACAGCAUGAGUAUAAUGGCAAUAUUAGUUACCUCUGUGUAAUUUCUCACCCUAAUGCCAUGCCAG